AUGACAAUUCUAAUUCUUUUUAUUGCUACAAUUUCUACUCUACUUACAAUAUCCUUUGCAAUUCCAGGAACCGCUACCUUUUACACAACAUAUAUUCCAUCGGCAUGUUACCAAAGUACUCCAGAAGGGACUAUGAUAGCUGCUGCUGGUGAUCAAUUAUGGGAUGGUGGUAAAAUAUGUGGAAAAAUGUUUACGGUUACAUGCACUGGUCCUACUAAUCCAUAUCCACAUCCAUGCAAACCAGGAACAAGUGUAACUGUUAAAAUUGUUGAUCAAUGCCCUAACUGUGGAGGCACUAUUGAUCUUUCUAAAGAAGCGUUUUCUACAAUUGCUGACCCCAUUGCUGGAGUCAUUCAAAUCGAUUAUCGACAGGUUUGAAGCUUAUAAUGUGGAUGAUCCCAAACACCUAGCAGGAGUAUCACACAAUAGCAAAGAUAUUCUGAUACCAGCC